CCAAAGUAAAAAUCACCAGAUUUAGAAAUCUCUCUUUUUUAUUCGAUGCUUGCAAAGCGGGUGGUGGGGAGACCCAAAACGAUCACAGCGCUUGCUACGGUUAAAAAUAAAACCAUCGGAGCUGAGGGCCUCGAAAUUUCGAUUCCUGCCUCUCAAAUCAAUCGUUGCAUAUUCGGGCGAUAGAGAGGGAAAUACAAAAAUGACGAUUUCUGUUUUUCGCGAGAGAGCUGUCAGUACCCCUAGUGUAAAUAAAUUCGAUUUUGAAACGUGACGUACGCGUUUGCGUUUAGUCUCAUUUUGUAUUGGAUUUAGAAAGAGCGCGCCAAGCGGGACGUUUUGGAAACUCAAAAUCCUAUACAAAAUGAGACUUAACGCAAACGCGUUCGUCACGUUAUGAUGUCGAUAAAAUUUACACUAGGGGUACAGAUGUAAGGUUUUGCAGUAAACAUUGAUUGUUUUUAAGACAAAUAUGGUCCUAUCAAGACGUGUUGCAAAUUGUAACAACAUUAACUGUCUCUGGCGAAAUAUCGUGCCGUUGGACAAUGGAGCCGCGUACGCGCAGAAAGUCGCACGAACCCUCUACGCGGGCGCUCAGUUCGCGCGCGGCUUGCCAAAAGGGAACACUCAAAACAAACAACUGAUUAUAGUGCUGUGUAUACUAUGGAUUAUAGUAGUGUGUGAAGUGUUUUUUUUUGUGUUUUGGAUUGAAGAGGGUAAUUUUUUUAAUAUUCCUUCCUGUUGCGUUUUUUUUAUGGUAGCUUGAUGCGUUGAACAGGGCACAUCUCAGUAAUUGUACUGUUAAAAGGGUUAUUAGUUGAAGAUGAGAAGUCAAAUCCGCGUAGCUCAAUGGCCGAUCAAGAGUUACUGUCGGCAGGUCACCACCAGCGCCAAGCACCGACAAGCGGCUGAUGGACCUUUGGACAGUGCCAAACUGCCAUCCCGGUCAUGCCCAGUGCAAGGCCACCGUGCCCGUUCCACACACGCAGCCCUGGACACUUCAGUGUUCGAGACAGUGACCCCUUCAUCCAUCAGACCCUGGGAGGAGGUUCCUGGACCUAAGCCUCUGCCGCUCGUUGGGAAUACUUGGAGAUUCGCGCCCUAUAUUGGUAAUUACUCAGUUGAACAUGUCGACAAAGUGUGCUUGUCGCUCCGAGAGCAGUAUGGGAAGUGCGUCAAGAUAGCAGGUCUACUCGGCCGUCCGGACAUGCUCUUUGUGUUCGAUGCGGGGGAAGUGGAAAGGGUGUUCAGAUCUGAAGACGGAGCCCCUCACAGACCAUCAAUGCCGUCGUUGAAUUAUUACAAGCACGUUUUGAGGAAAGAUUUUUUUGGUGCCGAAGAAAACUGCGCAGGAGUCAUUGCCGUGCACGGCGAUUCAUGGUCCGCGUUCCGCACAAAGGUCUCACGAGUGGCCCUAAGCACCAGUGCUGCCGCACAGUACACGGUAGCCGUUAGUGAAGUCGCAGACUCCUUUAUAAACAGAUUGCGUGAAAUCAGAAAAGAGGACAAUGAAACGCCAGAGGACUUUUUAAAUGAAGUUCACAAGUGGUCUUUAGAAUCUCUCGGUCUAAUAGCCCUAGACACUCGCCUAGGCUGCUUCCACGCGUCCUCUGGCUCAGAAAGCCAGCGUCUCAUCGACGCUGUCAACACAUUCUUCCUUUGCGUCGGACAACUGGAGCUGAAGGCACCCUGGUGGCGAUUGUGGAAUACUAGAAUGUUCAAGCAAUAUGUCAACGCUCUUGACACUAUCCUCAGUGUAACUCUAAGCCACGUGGAGAGAGCACUGGAGGAGAGCAAGGCCAGCUCGAGCAAGUCUCUUCUGCAGGAUUUGGUGGCUGCAGCCGGCACCAGGGUUGCUGCUGUGGCCGCUUUGGAUAUGUUCUUAGUAGGAAUAGAUACGACUUCAAACGCCGUGGCUUCAAUUCUCUACCAACUGUCGCUUAGGCCACAUAUACAAGAUAAAAUCUACAGUGAGGUCUCACAAGUACUUCAAGGACGGAAUCUGAGGCCCGGAGAUAUCAACCAAAUGCCGUACCUAAAAGCGUGCGUUAAGGAAGUUUUAAGAAUGUAUCCAGUGGUCAUCGGGAAUGGUCGACAACUUACUAAGGAUACAAUUAUCUGCGGGUACAACAUUCCCAAAGGGACGCAAGUGAUUUUCCAACACUACGUAAUGGGCAACAGCGAAGAAAACUUCACCAACGCCGCCGAGUUCCGUCCAGAGCGCUGGCUCAAGCGCUCGCCGCUGGACAAACACAGCGCCUUUGCGUCGCUGCCGUUCGGCUUCGGCCGGCGCAUGUGUCUCGGCAGGAGGUUCGCCGAGCUGGAGAUACACACCGUCAUUUGUAAGAUGGUGCAGGCGUUCAAAAUGGAAUACCACCAUGAGCCUCUAGACUACCACAUUCAUCCUAUGUACACACCGAACGGACCUAUUCGGAUCAAGAUUAUUGACCGUGAAACCACCGUAUGAGGGCGCAAGCGUAUAAUAUAGACCCAUCUAAGCAAGGGCUUUCCAAACAUAUCUAAAAAGAAAACAAUAAUAGUUAGGUAGGCAGGGCUGCCAGAUCGUAUAAUUCGAUACGAAUUUCGUAUAAUUGGACUGUUUAUCGUAUCUAUUCUGUAUAGGUAGUCAUUCGGUAUAAGUGGAUACGAAAAAACAGGUAUGGUUAUUUCGUAUUUUUAUUUCAACGCGGGAUUAACAGAGACGGAUUGCCAACUUAACAAUACGAUACGGUGACGGUUUGAGGGGUUUUUCUCUUUAGACUUCAGAGUCUAAACCCAUCAAAUGGUCAGCCAUUUGAUGGGUUUUGAUGCUUUUUGGGCUGUGUUUUGGCACUACUUAUUAAGAGAUUUUAGUUAUUACUUACUAAAUACAAGUCGGUUUUUGAAGUAUGUAUAAUAAUAAAAAUGCAUAUAAUCGUUUUCGUAUAAUGCAAUCGGAUUUCGUAUAAUUUUUGACGUUGGACUGUAUAAUCAAGAUUUAUGUACUGGCAGCCCUCCUCUGGACUACCACAUCCUAUGUACACACUGGACGGACCUAUUCGAAUCAAGCUUAUUGACCGUGAAACAAUCCUUUGACCAAGGGUAGACCCAUCUAGUGUCUUGCAAAUAUAUCUGGAAAAAAACUAUAGGUAGGUUAUAUGGAAUUGAGCUAAUUUCACGGUUUAAGGGUCCCCAGCAAGCUCGGUUCUGCAUACAAACGUAGUUACGCAAUCAUUUUAAAAGGAAUAGCUAGAUUGCUCUGAAACUUUGUAUUUACAAUAUGAUAAGGUAGUCCCCGGCAAGUUCCGCCGAAUUUCAAUUUCUCAUACAAACGGAGUUUCGUUCUCAUAUCAAAACUACAUGUUGGAUUGUAAUGAAACUUUACAUACAAUGACAUGAGGGAAAUAAUAAAAGGUUGAAACUAGUUUAUAUUUCUCCAUCUUAUAAAACAAACGAAAUAGAGCAAAAACAAGUUUUGUAUGAAAAUCUUAAAUUCGCUGUAUUUUUUAACUAUGUUAUUUGAAGCUACAUAAAGUAAUUAAAGCUCUAGGAUAUACCUUAUUCUAUUGUACAUACAUAAAAAGUUUCAGAUCAAUCUAUCAAGUCGUUUUAAAAUAAGAGCGUAAGGUUUUAUCCUUGUAUUAAAUUCUAGACUUUAAAUUGUUUGUUUAUUAAAUAAAAUAAAAAAAAACUACGUUUGCAUGGAGAAACGAGCUUGCUGGGGACCCUUAAAUACUCAAUAGUUUCGAAAGUUUUUUUGGCGCAGUUUCGUAAAAAUGUGUCGAGCGAGUUCCCUACAAGGUACGAAAUGGUAUCUACUGAAGUUAUAUUCUUUGAAUGUACCUGCUUUGUAGUUACGGCAAAUACGUAAAUUAUGGAAGGUGGAGGUAAGGAAUGGAAUCUCCGUGUACCAAAAAGUGUCAUCAAAAAACCUUAAAUAGGUGGCGCUACAAUACCUAGAAUACUAGAAAAAAAAACAAAUCAUAGACAGCGCACUCCACUCCGACAAUAACGCAUAGGUUCUUAGCUACUCUAGCGCUACUCUGGAGAGAUUUGGAACUAUUAUUUAUAGCUCUGACAGCUGGACACUUUUGCAACAGCCACCACACCAUAAGAGAUUUCACUCCUUUUAAUUCCACACUCCAUAACGUAAUAGUACAUUACGAUACAAGUGCGAAAAAUAGGAAAUUCGAAACGAGUGGCGAUAAAUUAAAACACGACCGAAGGGAGUGUUUUAAAUCGACACGAGUUGCGAAUUACCUAUUCGCACAUGUAUCGUACAACGUUUUACAGUACAUAUGUCCCUUUAAAUGUUCGACACAGUAACAUAAUAUGCUACUUCUCGCACUAGUGCUAUAAAGUAGCCCCAUAUGUACUGUAAAUGUAAUUAUUAUGAUUUUGACAUUAGGUAUUUGUCGUAUUCGGUAUUGUAUGUUAUUAUAUUCUUAAUUAUAUUUUUGAUUGGAA